AUGAACCACCUCGCCCGCCACCACCCUCUAACGAGACCGCGGCUAGCACGGCUACAGCUGGCGGAGAAGACGAUGAGAAGGUGGAGUUCGAGCUUGGCACGCUUAACACCUUCCUCGAGUAUCGCCAGGUUUUCACAGCGCAAACAGCGCAGCCGCAGCAUGCCAAAAAGCAUGCGACCUUGCAGAGACGAGACCGUCAUUCCUGCGGCGGCAGGCAACAUGGAGGAGACUUCUGGCGACAAGGUUAGUCGUGUUCAAGAACUUCCGCCCCUGGAUGACAGGUUCGAGCCUUUUCUAACCCCGGAGAUGGUUUCGGCAGAACGGCGCUGGAAGCGCGAAGUUAUUGGGCUUCUGGCGUGGCGUAAGGAUGGUGCAUGGCUGAACUUGCGCUUGCAUCGGUACCUCAUGCAAGUCAUUGCACCCUCGGGUGCAGAGUCGACCUUUGUGAGCCGUUUGCCUGAAGCACCAGAACAGGUUGUCUACCCAAGACAGGAAUCACAAGCCAGUUUCAUUGAAAGCAAUGCUUGGGUCCAGAAAGCUCUGCAGCACGGUCGAGGGGCGUGCAUUCUUGCCCCAUCUUGGCCCUUGGAAGACAGUGGCUUCGUGGCCAUGGGCCCAUUGAUCCCAGGAGCCACUAUACCCUCCCACAUCUCUCAUCCGCGAUGCGAGAAACGGCUGCGGCCGCGGAAUUUGCAACCACGGAGAGCUGCGAAAUACGUUUUCCCGAAGUCUGUAGAGCUGGCGCAGUUCGUCGCAAUCUGCAAGAUCUACCAGACGCGGCAGCUGACCGGACAGCAGACUAGGUUGCCCCGGGAGGAAGGGGGAGCCAUGGGCAGGCUGCUGGUGAAGAGGCGAAGAGAGGAGGUCACGUCGACCUUGAAGGCGCGAAGGACGGAAAGCGUGGCUCGCGAGGCUUUGGUUUUGGAUUCCUCGGAGUCGGAGGAUGUCCUUGUGGAGAAGGUUGAGGCCCAAGUUGAGCCCGAGCUCGAGCUCGACUGGUCACAGCUCGGGGACCACGUCGAAGAUCUACUUUGCGGCCAUGGGGCCGCCAAGCAAGCCUCUCGCUUCCUGCCGGGGUGUCCUUGGUGUGAACGUCGCGGACAAGGCAGCCUAGAGGCCAUUUCACUUCUGCAUCCACACCCUGCUCUGCCUCUGUCACCUGGACCCGCCUCCCAGCUGUCGGAGGAGGAAUUUUCCAAAGAGGGCUUGCGUCUUCCCCCGCCGGUCAGCCUGGAUGAGCUCCGGAAGCGCUGUGCGCAUUUCCGGCAAAGUGGAUCGUCCAGGCACCUUUGUUCGGACUUGUGCUACUUCCGCGAUUACGAGCCUGCGCGCCAGCUUCGGGCGUUUCAGGACCGAGCCGAAGCUGCACCGGCCCUGCUGCCACCAGGCCGUCUGGCUGGCCUCAGCGCGAGGCUGGCGCUCUCGCAGCAACCGCCAUAUUGGUGUGUCGUUUUCCACGCAGCUUCUGGCGCCGUGCUUGGCCAAAGUCGCCAGGCAUGGAAGAUUUUACAGUCCAGCAGUGCCUCAACAGAGGCACCUGCCCAUGAUUGGCGCUUCCGCUGGAGCCAGGGGGUGCACCAAAGUACUUCCAAAGCACUUCAAAGGCAAGUCUUCGAGAGUCCUUUUGGACUGGUGGAGGAGCUGCUGGCAGACAACGCCUGGCAGCUGCUGGCUACCUGUGUCUUACUCAACAAAACGGGCCGGCUUGCGGUGGACCGAGUUCUGCCGGAGUUCUUGAGUAUUUGCCCAGGCCCACAUGAACUUUUGGCCACAGCGCCUGAUGUUCUACACAGGAUUUUUCUUCCACUUGGCCUUCACCGAAAGCGGGCUCGGAUGCUUCGUCGCUUCAGUACAGAAUUCCUGGAGGCGCAAAAAGAAGCAGACGGCAACAUAGCCUUGGAGCAUGUGCGAAGGUUUCACGGCGUAGGCAAAUAUGCCAGUGAUGCCUACGAAAUCUUCAUCCUGAAGCGCAUUUCCACGGUGCAGCCCACAGAUUCGUACUUGCGAUGGUACAGCAGCACUCUGCGAUGUCAGCUCCGUGAGCACGGAUAUAACGAUUUGGACGAGGGCUUCAGUCUUUUCUCGAGACAGCAUGAGCUCCGCCCGGACAGCUCUCCGCAGAAGCAGCCGCGACCGGUGAAGUCCUACACGGAGGCUCUGCAGCUGGAGAGGUCCCGGGAAGGGACGUGGCAGGCAUCUCCCAAGACAUCCUUCGACUGGGCUUCACCGAUCCCACGGCGGCGACCUUCUGUGGUCUCCGUUGAUGGGCCUGUCGACUUCGACAUUGUGAUAGACAUUGACGAUGGCGGUAAGGCCGAGCCCCGAACUCAGACCAUUGACACGGACAUCCCGGCCAACCGGGUUGGAGCCCAAAAUCGUGAACGCAGCAGGUUCGAAAAGGAAAUGUUGCUGGCAUCUCCUGGCCGACUUCCGCCACCUCUGACAGCAGAUCAACGAGAGGAAGCCAUCCGGCAGUUACUGCCCACUGCCACGUUCCAGAUGUUGGCAAAGGUGCCGAAGAAGCUGCUGACACAGGCCGAUGAGUCGGCCAAAAAGCUGAGAAGGCAGCUGAUGCGAGGAGCCACCGUGGUUUUCGUCACCGCCGGCCUGCCUGGAAAGAGGUUCACUUUUGAGAUCGCAGCAUCCCUGGGCAUCAAGCCAGUGAUCCUCGAACACCCCGACUCUUGGAGCAGGAGCCUCGUCGACGAGGGCCUUGCGGCAAAGUUUAUCCCGGUCGACAUGACGCAGCCUUCGGAGGAUAUCUUCAGUCAGGCGCUAGAGGAGAUCAAAAACCUCGGCGAGGACGGUCUGACAGGGACAGCAGAUGGCAUUGCCACCUUCGUGGAGCUCUCGGUGCCCCUGGCCGCACGCCUUGCAGAGGCGCUGGGCCUGCCAGGCCUGAGGCCGGCAGCCGUCGAUUCAGCGAGAAAUAAGCACGCCACACGAGCUUGCUUGAAGACAGCUGGGCUGCCCACCCCAAGGAAUUUUCUCAUUGAUGAUAAGUCGAAGCUCAAGGAGGCUGGCACAACCGUUGGGUUUCCUGCCGUGUUGAAACCUGUGUCCGGUGCUGCUUCUCUUGGAGUAAAGAAGGUAACAAACUCCGCGGAGAUGGAGAAGUGUUACAAGGAGAUUGUGGACGAAUUGUCUACGUUGGUCGUCUCUUCAGGAGCGCUGGUGCAAGGCAGCCCUGACAACGCUGGGCUCAACGCGCAGGAGUCGGGCGUCGACCUGACCGUGUUGAUGGAGCAGUUCCUGGACGGUCCAGAGGUCGACGUGGAUGUCGUGAUGUCGGAAGGUGAGUAUGUCUAUGCUUGUGUUGCAGACAACGGCCCGACGCUGGAGCCGUAUUUCAACGAGACCUGGGCAUGCUGCCCCUCCCUCCUGCCCAAGGACCAACAGGUGGCACUGAGAGACCUGGGUGUGCAAUGCAUCAAAGCUCUUGGAUUUACCUGUGGAGUCUUCCAUGUGGAGUUGAAGUACACCUCCCAUGGCCCACAGCUGAUCGAGGUCAAUGCUCGAAUGGGAGGAGGACAGGUUCACGAAUGCAAUCGCUUGACCUGGGGCGUUGACCUGGUAGAGGAAACGAUGCUUGUUUCACUGGGAAUCCCAUCCCGGCCUUGCGUUCCGCGAGAGCCCGUAUCUGGCACGGCCUACUGCUACGUAAAUGCAAUGAAGUCCGGCACCGUCACCGACAUCAGUAAACUGGAGGAGCUCCGAAAGCGAGACAACGUCGUGUGGGCCAAGCCGCUGACACGCGUGGGCGCUCAGGCAGUGGGUCCCGCAGAUGGACUGCCAACAUGGUUGUGUGACCUCUUCGUGCAAGGCAAGACAGCGAAGGAAGCACUGGCUUACCUGCAGGCUAUAGAGAAGGAGAACCCUGUGCUCGUAGCAUGA